CUUCCUCCUCCUCCCGGGCUCCCUGACAAGUCUCCAUAUAAAAGCGGCGCCGCCUCCCCGCCCUCUCACUCCCGGCUCCUCUCCGCGGCGCGCUCAGCGCCGAGCUAGGAGAGCGCGGAGGGGGAGGCGGCGCGCAGCGCCAGGAGGGGGGACGUAGUGGGCGGAGCGGAGGCAGCACCCUCCGAGAUAAUCCUUUCUCCUGCGGCAAAGAAGAGGAGCGGCCGGAGCGGGACACAUCGCCGAAGCAUAGCGGCCGGCAGGAUGGCGACCGUGGUGGUGGAAGCCACCGAGCCCGAGCCAUCCGGCAGCCUCGCCAACCCGGCGGCAUCCACCUCACCCAGCCUGUCACACCGCUUCCUCGACAGCAAGUUUUACUUGCUGGUGGUCGUCGGCGAGAUCGUGACCGAGGAGCACCUGCGGCGCGCCAUAGGCAACAUCGAGCUCGGAAUCCGAUCAUGGGACACGAACCUGAUCGAAUGCAACUUGGACCAAGAACUGAAACUUUUUGUGUCUCGACACUCUGCAAGAUUCUCUCCUGAAGUCCCAGGACAGAAAAUUCUUCAUCAUCGAAGUGACAUUUUAGAAACAGUGGUCCUGAUCAACCCUUCAGAUGAAGCAGUCAGCACUGAGGUGCGCUUAAUGAUCACGGAUACUGCCCGACACAAGCUGCUCGUGCUGACAGGGCAGUGCUUUGAAAAUACUGGAGAGCUCAUUCUCCAGUCCGGCUCUUUCUCCUUCCAGAACUUCAUAGAGAUUUUCACCGAUCAAGAGAUUGGGGAAUUACUGAGCACCACCCACCCUGCCAACAAAGCCAGUUUAACUCUGUUCUGUCCUGAAGAAGGGGACUGGAAGAAUUCCAAUCUUGACAGACACAAUCUCCAAGAUUUCAUCAAUAUUAAACUCAACUCAGCCUCUAUAUUGCCGGAAAUGGAAGGACUUUCAGAAUUUACUGAGUAUCUCUCAGAAUCAGUGGAAGUCCCAUCUCCCUUUGACAUCCUGGAACCUCCUACAUCUGGUGGAUUUCUAAAGCUGUCCAAGCCCUGCUGUUACAUUUUUCCAGGAGGGAGGGGUGAUUCUGCAUUGUUUGCCGUGAAUGGAUUCAACAUGCUCAUCAACGGAGGAUCGGAAAGAAAGUCUUGCUUCUGGAAGUUAAUCCGACACUUGGACCGAGUGGACUCCAUCCUGCUCACCCACAUUGGGGAUGACAAUUUGCCUGGAAUAAACAGCAUGCUACAGCGAAAAAUAGCAGAGCUCGAGGAAGAGCAGUCCCAGGGCUCCACCACAAAUAGUGACUGGAUGAAAAACCUCAUCUCCCCUGACUUAGGAGUUAUAUUUCUUAAUGUACCUGAAAAUCUGAAAAACCCAGAGCCAAACAUCAAGAUGAAAAGAAGCAUAGAAGAAGCUUGUUUCACUCUUCAGUACCUAAACAAAUUGUCCAUGAAACCAGAACCUCUAUUUAGAAGUGUAGGCAAUACCAUUGAUCCUGUCAUUCUUUUCCAAAAAAUGGGAGUUGGUAAACUAGAGAUGUAUGUACUUAACCCUGUCAAGAGCAGCAAGGAAAUGCAGUAUUUUAUGCAGCAGUGGACUGGCACUAACAAAGACAAGGCUGAACUAAUUCUGCCUAGUGGUCAAGAAGUAGAUAUCCCAAUUUCCUAUUUAACUUCAGUCUCAUCUUUGAUCGUGUGGCAUCCAGCAAACCCUGCAGAGAAAAUCAUCCGAGUCCUGUUUCCUGGAAACAGCAUCCAAUACAACAUCCUAGAAGGGCUGGAAAAACUCAAACAUUUAGACUUCCUGAAACAGCCCCUGGCCACCCAGAAGGAUCUCACCGGCCAGGUACCCACUCCUUCAGUGAAACAAGUAAAACUGAAACAAAGGGCUGAUAGCCGAGAAAGUCUGAAGCCAGCCACAAAACCACUCCCUAGCAAAUCUGUGCGAAAGGAGUCUAAAGAAGAAACCCUCGACAUCACAAAAGCUAAUCUUGUGGAAAAGCCACCCAAAGUAGAAAGCAAGGAAAAGGUAACAGUGAAAAAAGACAAGCCAACAAAAACAGACACCAAACCUUCAGUGAGUGAAAAGGAGGUACCCAGCAAAGAAGACCAGCCUUCAGUGAAAACUGAGGUGGCUGAAAAGCAAGCCACAGAUGUCAAACCCAAAGUCACCAAGGAGAAGACCGUGAAAAAGGAAACAAAGCCAAAACCUGAAGAGAAGAAAGAGGAGAAGGAAAAGCCAAAGAAAGAAGUGGCUAAAAAGGAGGACAAAACACCUAUUAAAAAGGAGGAGAAAACAAAAAAGGAAGAAGUGAAAAAAGAAGUCAAAAAAGAAAUCAAGAAAGAAGAGAAAAAAGAAUCCAAGAAAGAGGUUAAGAAAGAAACACCAUUGAAGGAAGCCAAGAAGGAGGUAAAGAAAGAAGAAAAGAAGGAAAUUAAAAAGGAAGAAAAGGAACCCAAAAAAGAAAUCAAGAAGAUCUCUAAAGACGUAAAGAAACCAUCUACUCCUCUACCUGAAGCAAAAAAACCAGCUGCGUUAAAACCAAAAGUACCCAAGAAGGAAGAGCCUGUCAAGAAAGAUGACAUUGCUGCUGGGAAGCCAAAGGAGAAAGGGAAAAUUAAAGUCAUUAAGAAGGAAGGCAAGACAACAGAGGCUGCAGCUGCAGCCAUUGGCACUGUGGCCACUGCAGCAGCCAUGUCAGUGGCAGCUGGAAUAGCAGCAACUGGCCCUGCCAAAGAACUUGAAGCUGAGAGGUCCCUUAUGUCAUCCCCUGAGGAUCUAACCAAGGACUUUGAAGAGUUAAAGGCUGAGGAGGUUGAUGUAGCAAAGGACAUCAAGCCUCAGCUGGAGCUAACAGAGGAUGAAGAGAAACUGAAGGAAACAGAACCAGUCGAAGCAUACAUCAUCCAGAAAGAGAAAGAAGUCAUCAGAGGUCCUGCUGAGUCCCCUGAUGAGGGAAUUACCACUACUGAAGGAGAAGGGGAGUGUGAGCAAACACCUGAAGAACUGGAGCCAGUCGAGAAGCAGGGGGUAGAUGACAUUGAAAAGUUUGAAGAUGAAGGAGCCGGUUUUGAAGAAUCCUCAGAGACUGGAGACUAUGAAGAGAAGGCAGAAACUGAGGAGGCUGAGGAGCCAGAAGAGGAUGGUGAAGAAGACGUGUAUAUGAGAACCUCUAAACACAGCCCCAUUGAGGAUGAGGAAAGUGUGAAGGCGGAGGCAGAUGUGCACAUCAAGGAGAAGAGGGAAUCUGUGGCCAGUGGUGAUGAUCGAGCAGAAGAAGACAUGGAUGAGGCAGUUGAGAAAGGGGAGGCUGAACAAUCUGAGGAGGAGGGUGAUGAGGAGGACAAAGCAGAGGAUGCCAGAGAGGAAGAAUAUGAGCCCGAAAAAAUUGAAGCUGAAGAUUAUGUGAUGGCAGUUGUUGACAAGGCUGCAGAGGCCGCUGGUGCUGAGGAUCAGUAUGGAUUCCUUACCACAUCAACCAAGCAACCAGGAGCCCAGUCUCCUGUCCAAGAACCUGCAUCGUCAAUUCAUGAUGAGACUUUACCUGGAGGCUCAGAGAGUGAGGCCACCGCUUCUGAUGAGGAGAAUCGAGAAGACCAGCCUGAGGAAUUCACUGCCACCUCUGGCUAUACACAGUCUACUAUUGAGAUAUCCAGUGAGCCCACCCCAAUGGAUGAGAUGUCUACUCCUCGUGAUGUGAUGAGUGAUGAGACUAACAAUGAAGAGACAGAGUCCCCAUCGCAGGAGUUCAUAAACAUCACCAAAUUCGAGUCCUCUCUGUAUUCUCAGGAAUACUCCAAACCUGUUACAUCACUCAAUGGAUUAUCUGAUGUGUCAAAAACAGAUGCCACUGAUGGCAGAGAUUACAAUGCUUCAGCCUCCACCAUAUCACCACCCUCAUCCAUGGAGGAAGACAAAUUCAGCAAAUCUGCUCUACGUGAUGCCUACUGUUCUGAGGAAAAAGAUGUGAAAGCCAGUGCCACGUUGGAGAUCAAAGACACCUCAGCAGUUUCAGAUGAAAAACUUAGCCCAUCCAAGAGUCCAUCUCUGAGUCCAUCUCCACCAUCACCCAUAGAAAAGACCCCUCUGGGUGAACGUAGUGUGAACUUCUCUCUGAUGCCCAAUGAGAUUAAAGUCUCAGCAGAGGCAGCAGUCCCAGUGUCUCCUGAGGUGACCCAAGAAGUAGUUGAAGAACAGUGUGCUAGUCCAGAGGAUAAGACUCUGGAAGUGGUGUCUCCAUCUCAGUCUGUGACUGGCAGUGCUGGCCACACCCCUUACUACCAAUCUCCCACUGAUGAGAAAUCCAGUCACCUCCCCACAGAAGUCAUCGAAAAACCACCAGCAGUUCCAGUGAGUUUUGAAUUUGAUGAUGCCAAAGAUGACAGUGAAAAGCCUUCCAUAAGCCCCAUGGAUGAACCUGUGCCUGAUUCGGAGUCUCCUAUUGAAAAAGUUUUAUCUCCUUUACGCAGUCCUCCCCUAACUGGAUCAGAGUCUGCAUAUGAAAGUUUUCUAAAUGCUGAUGGUGAGACUCCCGACAGAUGUACUGAAAGCCCCUUUGAAGGAACAAAUGGAAAACAAGGUUUUCCAGACCAAAUAAGUCCAGUUUCUGAAAUAACUUCCACUGGUGUUUUCCAAGAGAAACAGGAAAAGAAAAGCACAGACUUUAUACCAAUUACAGAAGACUUUGGAGAAGAAAAGAAAACUGAUGAUGUUGAAGCUAUGGGGUCUCAACCAGGACUGGCUUUGGAUGAAAGAAAAUUGGCAGGAGAUGUUUCUCCUACACAAAUUGAUGUCAGCCAGUUUGGAUCUUUUAAGGAAGACACUAAGAUGUCCAUUUCUGAAGGCACUGUCUCAGACAAGUCAGCCACUCCUGUUGAUGAGGGUGUCGCAGAAGACACAUACUCUCAUAUGGAAGGUGUGGCUUCAGUCUCCACAGCUUCUGUGGCUACAAGCUCAUUUCCAGAGCCAACGACAGAUGAUGUGUCUCCUUCUCUGCAUGCUGAGGUUGGCUCCCCGCAUUCCACAGAAGUUGAUGACUCCCUUUCAGUGUCUGUUGUGCAAACACCUACCACCUUCCAGGAAACAGAAAUGUCUCCAUCUAAAGAAGAAUGCCCAAGACCAAUGUCAAUUUCUCCACCAGACUUCUCCCCUAAAACAGCCAAAUCCAGGACACCAGUUCAAGAUCACAGAUCUGAACAAUCCUCAAUGUCUAUUGAAUUUGGCCAAGAAUCCCCUGAGCACUCCCUUGCUAUGGACUUUAGUAGACAGUCUCCAGAUCACCCUACUGUGGGUGCAGGUAUGCUUCAUAUCACUGAAAAUGGGCCAACUGAAGUGGACUAUAGUCCUUCUGACUUGCAGGACUCCAGUUUAUCACAUAAGAUACCACCAGUGGAGGAGCCAUCCUACACCCAAGAUAAUGAUCUUUCUGAACUCAUCUCAGUAUCUCAGGUAGAGGCCUCCCCAUCCACCUCUUCUGCACAUACCCCUUCUCAGAUAGCUUCUCCUCUCCAGGAAGAUACUCUAUCCGAUGUGGUUCCUCCCAGAGAUAUAUCCUUAUAUGCAUCGCUUACCUCUGAAAAAGUGCAAAGUCUGGAAGGAGAGAAGCUUUCACCAAAAUCUGAUAUCUCUCCACUGACCCCAAGAGAGUCCUCUCCCUUAUGUUCACCUAGUUUUUCAGAUUCUACCUCUGCAGUCAAAGAGGACACAGCAGCUUGCCACACUUCCUCUUCUCCAUCAGUGGAUGCAGCAUCCGCAGAGCCCUACGGCUUCCGUGCCUCAAUGUUAUUUGAUACAAUGCAACACCAUCUAGCCUUGGAUAGAGAUUUGACCACAUCUGGCUUUGAGAAGGACAGUGGUGGAAAAACACCUGGUGAUUUUAGCUAUGCCUAUCAAAGGUCAGAGAAAACAGCCAGGUCCCCAGAUGAAGAAGGUUAUACCUAUGAGUCUUAUGAGGAAACCAGCCAGACCCCAGAUGUAGGUGGCUAUUACUAUGAGAAGACAGAGAGAACCACAAAAUCCCCAUGUGACAGUGGCUACUCCUAUGAGACCACUGAGAAAACCAGCAAGACCCCUGAAGAUGAUGGCUAUGCCUAUGAAAUUACAGAGACCACAAGGACCCCCGAAGAGGGUGGGUACUCAUACAUGAUAAGUGAGAAGACGAUGAGGACCCCGGAAGUGAGUGGUUACACCUAUGAAAAGACCGAGAGGUCUAGAAGGCUACUGGAUGACGUCAGCAAUGGCUAUGAUGACACUGAAGAUGGUGGCCACACACUUGGGGAUUCCAGCUACUCUUAUGAGACCACUGAGAGAAUUACUGGUUUUCCUGAAUCUGAAAGUUACUCCUAUGAGACAUCUACAAAAACCACACGAACCCCUGAUACUUCCACUUACUGCUAUGAGACCACAGAGAAAAUCACCAGAACUCCCCAGGCAUCUACAUAUUCCUAUGAGACUUCAGACCGAUGCUACACUGCAGAAAAGAAGUCCCCCUCAGAGGCCCGCCAGGAUGUUGAUUUAUGCCUCGUGUCCUCUUGUGAAUACAAGCAUCCCAAGACAGAGCUUUCACCCUCCUUUAUUAAUCCCAAUCCUUUGGAGUGGUUUGCCAGUGAAGAGCCAACCGAAGUGUCUGAGAAGCCUCUCAUUCAAUCAGGGGGAGCCCCGCCACCUCCAGGAGGCAAGCAACAGGGGCGACAGUGUGAUGAAACCCCUCCCACUUCAGUCAGUGAGUCGGCCCCAUCCCAGACAGACUCAGAUGUUCCCCCAGAGACUGAAGAGUGCCCCUCCAUCACAGCUGAUGCAAACAUCGACUCUGAAGAUGAAUCUGAAACCAUCCCCACAGACAAAACUGUCACAUACAAACACAUGGACCCACCUCCAGCACCCAUGCAAGACCGCAGCCCAUCUCCCCGCCACCCUGAUGUGUCCAUGGUGGAUCCAGAGGCCUUGGCCAUUGAACAGAACCUAGGCAAAGCUCUGAAGAAAGACCUGAAAGAGAAGACCAAAACCAAAAAGCCUGGUACAAAGACCAAGUCAUCCUCACCUGUCAAAAAGGGUGAUGGGAAGUCUAAGCCCUCUGCUGCUUCCCCUAAACCAGUGGGCUUGAAAGAGUCUUCAGAUAAGGUGUCCAGAGUGGCUUCUCCAAAGAAGAAAGAAUCUGUGGAGAAGGCAACAAAAACCACCACCAAUCCUGAGGUCAAAGCUGCCCGUGGGGAAGACAAGGAGACCAAGAAUGCCACCAACGCCUCCACAUCCAAGUCGGUAAAGACCGCAACUGCAGGACUAGGAACCACCAAGACAGCCAAAUCCUCAGCCGUGCCUCCAGGUCCCCCUGUGUAUUUGGACCUGUGCUAUAUUCCCAACCACAGCAAUAGUAAGAAUGUUGAUGUCGAAUUUUUCAAGAGAGUGAGGUCAUCCUACUACGUGGUGAGUGGAAAUGACCCUGCUGCUGAGGAGCCCAGCCGGGCUGUCCUGGACGCCUUGUUGGAAGGGAAGGCUCAGUGGGGCAGUAACAUGCAGGUGACCCUGAUCCCAACUCAUGACUCAGAAGUGAUGAGAGAAUGGUACCAGGAGACCCAUGAGAAACAGCAAGACCUCAACAUCAUGGUUUUAGCAAGCAGCAGCACAGUGGUUAUGCAAGAUGAAUCCUUCCCUGCAUGCAAGAUUGAACUGUAAAAACCAAGGCCAGCCACACCACAGGAUUUGAACUUUGUGUCCAGAAAUUCUUCAAUUUGAAACCGUCUUUUCUAAAAAAAUCAAUUCGUCUAAUUAAGUCGCUGAACUAUUACCUGCCAAAUGCUAUACUGUGUCAUGGUGAUACAAGUCACUAAUAUUUCUCAGUUUUUGCUGAUUGCUAAGGGAAGUAACAGUAUUCCCACAAUAGGGUUCAAAUUACUGCAGAAUUACCUACCCCAGUUCAUCUCUGCUGAACAUUUGGAAACCAUGCACUAGCAAACCCAACUGACUUCUGCUAGGUAGAGGCAUUUGUCUUAGAGAGCGAGCGAGAGAGAGCCAGAGAGAGCAAGAGCAAGAGUGAGAGCAAGCGCACAAAGAGAGAGAACACAGGAGAGAGAGGAACAGAGAAUGAGAAAGAAAAAGAAUGCAAGAGAAGGAAAUGUAAUGGAAAGAUUGCUGGUGAGAUACCCAGAGAGAAAAAGAGAGCAGGGUGGGGUAAGGAUGAGAAAAUAACCAAGAGUUAGGUCUGCAUUUUCUCAGGCAAUAGGCAUUCUGUAGUCUACCUAGGGAAACUUUUUAAUCUGUGUCAGUCUGAGUCAUCAAAAAAGGUCUUACUUUUCUAAAACAAGUCGGUGGAAGAAAACAAAAAGAACAAAACUUGUUACGAAGGCAUGUGAGGUUUUCAUGCCUUAAUUAAGCCCCUUCAGUUUGAGGGCUGCACGCUGACAUAGCAUAGCGAGUGUAGACUGGCCAUUCAAGUGGUUUGAACCCCCUUUGGAACUCUCAGACUUUGUAAACACACGACUAGGUUGAUCUAAGGCAUGCUCCCAGCAUUUGUCCACCCACUUAGGCCACUCUGAGUCAAUUAACCUGCAUGUGUCAACACCCAAGUUCACCCCAAUUAACUGAAGCAAAUACCAAAGCAGUUGGGAGUAUACACGGUAGACAAUUUGCCUUAGAAAGUGACUUGAAUGUACAAAGAUACUUGAUGCACUUAUUUUUUAAUGUGAGACGGCAAGUUUAUAAAACAUCCGUGUAGGAUUAUAGAUACUUGAGUUAAAGGAGCAUGUGUGUGCGCGUGUGGGGGUACUAGAAGCUGAUCUGAUCGGUGCAACGGUUUGAUGCUGAGUCAUGCGUGUUGAACACCACCUCAGUGCACCUGUGGCCCCUCAGCCAAACAAGUUGAGCCUUUCAUAGCUUCUUUACUACUGCAAGUUCAAGAUUGAAAUGGCUUCUGUGAUCAGAACUGGGAAAACAGUGGAUCUUGUAGUGGAAGAGGUUCUCAGCAGGUGUACAGUAUUUACCUUCCUUUUGUCUUACAUUCGCUUUUUUUAUUUUCCAUUAAUUUCAACGUAAUAAUGGGAACAAAUGUACAGAAGAAUUUUUUUUUUUUAGAUAUGUGAGAACUUUUCAUAGAUGAACUUUUUAACAAAUGUUUUCAUUUACAGGAAAAUGCAAAGAAGAUUUUCAAGUGACAGUCUUUUUUUAAGUGUUUCGUAAGACAAAAAAAUGAAUGAUGUUUUUUGAAGUUCUGGUGAGAUUGAAGUCUGAUAUUGCAGUAAUAAUAUUAAAAACCCAUAACUACCAGGAAUAAUGAUACCUCCCACCCCUUGAUUCCCAUAACAUAGAAAUCUGAGUAUGUGCUAUUUGAGAGUGGGGGAGAAUGGCAUGGUAGGCUAUGUUUCAGGGCCUUUACAGGUACAUCAUCCUACAUACUUCUUUCAAGAUGUUCAACCAUGAGGUAAAACAGCCAAGCCAAGAUCAAAGAACCCUAGCACAAAUUUGCUUUGGGAUUUUCUUUUCUGGAAAAAAAAGUAAAAGAAAUAAUACAUUGAAAGCAAAUGAAUUCCCAACUCCUACGAUUCAUCAUGUAGAGUCCAGAGAUCAUUUUCCAUCAUUGAACUGUGAACCUGGGAAGCCAGAUUAUGGUUAAAACUGAUGUCAGGUUUCAAGUUGCAGAUCACUGCACCCAGUGUUCAGAUGGAACAACUUCUCCGAGACAACUGAACUGUGUUCUGUCAUGUUGCAUUUCCUGCAGACUCUGAGAUCUACAAAGUAGUGGACAAUGACCUCAUUUUAUCGUCUGUUAUUUAUUUCAAAAUUAACAUUGUUAGUUUACUUUUGACUGAUAAGUGUAUGUUUUGCACUGCUAACUGCUAUGAGGGUUUAAACAAUGCUUUUCCAGGGUCCCUUCACUGGGGGAUUACGCAGUCUUCUUAAUGCUGUGAAUUACAUUUUUCAAAUGUUUAGUUUUUUUUUUUUUUUAAUUAAUCUAUUUUUGUUAGGCUUUUCUAGAAACACUUUUAUUUAUUACCCCGUUUCUUUUAAGUCCUUCAAAAGAACACAUUGAUUAAGGGUACAAACAAUUAACACACAAUGGAAAAGUCAUUGUGAUAAAAAUGAUUUUAUUGAGUAUAAACUCAUCUAUUCAAACUUAUUUCAUGGGACCACUUAAGAUACUCAAGAUAAUUAUUUAACAGUUAGCUGUUAAGUUGAAUUGGUUCACAUAAUGCAAGUGAGGAGAAACCAAUUUGCAGCCUUCUUGCCAAAUCCAGACCUCUGGUUGAUUUUUCUUUGCGAGAAGAUGGAAUUAUUUUCCAGUUUCCCAAAUUAAAUUUGUUUAACAUGUACAUUACUUUGCUUUAAAAAGUACAUUUUAGGAGACUUAUAGCCGAUCUUCAAUUAUAACCACUCUGUGCCACUCCUGUCUUCUUUUCUGCUAUGGGAUUUAAUGGAAAAAAUAUACAAAAACUGUCACUGGUCAACUGGCUCUUUUUCCUAUAAAAUAUUUCAGUACCUUUCUCCACCCGUUGUUCCCAGUGAUGACCACCAGGAAAACCAAUAUUUGCAUUACAGGUUGCUCCUGUCCUUCCAGACACCUUUCCUACCUGUGUGACUAACCUAAUUUUGCUAGUUCCAUAUGUACACAAUUAUUUUGUAACAGCCAUCACAAUGUACCAUGUACAUUCAUGGUGAGAGCUGAAGAUUGACAGACUUCUGGGAGCUUUGUUUGAUACUGAUUACUGACUCCAGUUGUAUAGAUUGAGUAUUUGAGUGGAAAGAAUUUACACUCUGUUGAAAUGAUGGGAUUCCAUCGAGAUAGCGCUCAUGAUCAUGACCUUUCUGGUAGUAUUCUUAAACAAAAUUCUACAGAGACUAAAUGUUAGAGAUGAUCCUCCAUUUUCAAUUUUAACCAAUUCUAUCCCUUUCUCCAAACCCCAACCCCUGUGCAUGCUUUCUCAGUCUUGUGGUGGGACUGGAUACAAUGACUGACUCCCCCUUUAAACGCCAUUUCCCAUGGAGUUAAAAAAAUUUUUUUUUAACUUUACAUAUCAUAGUGAAUGGUUUUCCCAGUGUAUAUGAAUGUUUUAAGUGUCUCCAAUAGCUUACGCAGUUUAGGAGCUUUCCAAUACUCUUUUAAUAAGAUUUAAUCAUUCGCUAAUGGAAUUUUACCAUCUUCCAUUUUCCCUCUGUUCCCAAACUUCAGCUCUCAGGAGCUGUUCUACAAUUCCGAAGUUGCUUUUAUUGCCUCUCUUUAGUCACCUGUCACAAGAGGUUCUUGCUCAGUAAUAAUAUUGUGAGUUAGGUUAAUAACCUUUUUUUUUUUUUUUGCACUUCUGAUUUAGAAGAAAAGACCUUGUUUCCAUAUGAAAGGAACUGUAGGCUUUUAUCUUUUAGCCAACUGAACAACACACCAAAAGCAGCCUAGGGAUGAGCAUUUUUUCAAAAGCAAUUAGGUUAUUCACCUGGUAUUAAAACUAUUUGCUAUUAAAAAAAAAAAUCUGUGACUUUACUAAGUAAAUAUAAAAGGCAGCAUCAAAAGCUGAAAAGGAAGAGAAAAAAUAAACAGCUUCUCUGCCCUCGUUUGGAGCUCCCAGAACAGGAGACACUGACCGAGAAGAGGCAUCAAGACUGGGCUGCCCGGGUGAGCACAGCGCCGAGACACGCGCUGCAUGCAGCCUUCUCUUCCCCCUGGGAAGGAGCAGUCUUGAGCCCGACUGAGAAGCUCCUCACACUCCUCUCUCUUGUUCUGAAUGGUGUUUGUGUCAGUCUGCAGCUGUGUAUGGUAUUAUGUCUUAUAAUCCUGCAUCACUUCUAUCCUAUCCAGUCAUAUCUAAUGUAGAAAAUUAGUUUCCAGUGAAAGUAAUAUGUAGUGCUUUUAUGAUAUUUGUGUGCAAUAUCCCCUCUUCCGUUGAGGAUAUUUGAUGUAAAAGAAAAAAAAAAAAAAAAAAAGCUCAGUUCCACAAUAAAAUACAAAAGUGGCAAAAGUUC